CGUCAUUGUUUCAUUCAAAUUUUGAGUACAAACAACAUUCACCUAAACAGCAAAAAUAUUGUUACAAUGAAUGAUAUUGUGGACGAUGAUCGACUGCGAAACAGUACACUCAAUCGAACUGUUCGUGCCGUUGAAAAGAGCAUGGGCCAAUAUGGCGUUACAAGACCGUUGACUAUUGAAUACAAGACUUAUUUGAACAAUCUUCCAAGGACACCCGAAAGGCGGAAAGACGAAAUUCUCCGAAUAAAUUGUUCAAAAUUCCCGAAGAGUGUCCACGAAAUACCACAUAAAUUGAACGACUUGUAUGUUUUUUCACAUAUGGGAAGGUCAUUGGAAUCUGUCCCGAUUGCACUUGCAGUUACGAAAUCUUUGAAAGCGUUAGAGAAUGAAUUCCCUCCUCCUGGCAUACGGAAAGCUACCAUUACUACCACGACAAAUGAUUCUUCACGAAGAAAACCAUCAAAAACAUUGGAAAUCGAUGAACGAAUUCGUAAAGAUUUACAGAAAUACAGCCAAAUUGGAGAAAUCAGAAAAAAAUUGUUUUCCAUGCCAGACUAUGUACAGAAUCGGGAUCGAAGUGGCGUUAAGCUACCCGAAAGUAAGCUUAAAUCUCCGCCACACCAUUUCAAUUUAAACAUAAGUAAAGUAAAGGCGUUGAAAACGAAGGUGGGAAAAGGCGUUGUGAAGCAGGAGGUAAAACGGAAAAAAAUUGACGAUCUGAAGCGCAUGUUGAAUCCAUCUGGGAAAAAAUUAAAGAAAAUUUUAUGA